UUGCCAAAACAAAGUAUUUUUCUCAUUUUUUAUUAUUUCUGUUACCAUCAAUUUAGGGCAACCCUUUGGAGCAAUUGAUCUCUGUUGCCCCCAUCAACAAGGGAAGGUGAGAUUUUUUAUUCUUUUUUGCUUAUAAACUAUCUAACAAAGUUCAUGUAACUAACAAAGCAAUUUGAACUUUUUACUAGUAAUAAAUACUAUAUUACAACCCUCUGACAAACAAAAUGAAAAGCAAGAUAUCUUUGUUCUUUAGAUUCUGAUCUAUUAAAAAUAAAAAUCAACCAAAAAAGAAAUUUCUGAAUUAGGAAAGCUGAUACCGGAUCCAAAGGUUAAUUUACAGAUCCAUAGGAACUCAAUAGUUUUUGCUCAUAUCUCGUAUGCAUUUGUAUUAAAAUUUUGCUAAAUAUUUAGUUGUGAACCAGUUAAUAUUGUGUAUUGAUUUGAGAUUACUGGCAAUUUUAAACUUCAAACUCUAGAUCUUAGAAACAAAAGAAAGCAAUCCAGAAAAAUCACUAUUUUUCCAUUGAAAUUUCCCACUGAAAAUUUUUCAGUGGCUAUUAAAAAAAUUAUAGUGUUUUUAUAUGGAAAAUUUAGGAAGCAUUUCAAUAUUUCAGUGAGAAUUGGUUUCCCAUCAUGUAUUUUUUCACUGAGCUGGUUCGGUGGGAAAUGGGUGGGAAAAUCAUGUUUUGUAAAAGAAAUUUCUCAUUAAUUCGUGAUGGGAAGAACCUUUGUCUCUAGUAGUGAAGAUAGUUGUUUGAAGCUACAAAUUUAUGCAAGGAAAGAAAAGGGGUCGAUGGAUGUAGCAUGCUUGUGGAAAUCAUGAGUGUAUUUUGAAUAAUAAUGGUGAAGGGAAAGAGAGAAUUUUGUUCAUAUGUUUCAUCUGAAAUGAAAGGAACUCUAGUAUUUCCAUGUUGAGAUCAUCUCUGGACUCAAGGUAAUUGUUGAACCAAGUGAGGUUAUUAUUUGUAAUAAGUCCACAGUUGGAUUGGCUAUCAAUCACUUUGUUACCAUCCCUGAAGCAAUGUCUCACACCUAUUUCCUCAAAUCAGACUUUACAUGUGGAAUUACUUCAUUUAUAGUUUUUGUUUGAAUUUUUUCUCUAUAGUAUGAAGAUUGUUAAGAAAGGGGAGCUUUGAGUAACUGGUAAAGUUGCUGCCAUGUGACCAGGAGGUCACGGGUUCAAGCCUAGGAAACAACCUCUAGCAGAAAUGCAAGGUGACAAAGCAAUUGACUUCAAGGCAGUUGGAUUGUGAAAGACACCAAGCCAAUUGACAUGGAUGUUGUUGAGACUUGUGGAGAAGGAACUCUAUUGAUUCCAGGGACUUCUGUCCAACAUAGUUUUCCAUCAAUUGAUGAAGAAGUUGUGGGCUUUGAAAAAGAUGCAGAAAGUAUAAUGCAGAAAUUGACACGAGGAACAAAGAAGCUGGACGUUAUAUCGAUCUUUGGAAUGCCAGGACUCGGCAAAACAACUUUGGCCAGGAAAGUCUACAACAAUCCCUCUAUUGUUAAUCACUUUGAUGUUCAAGUAUGGUGUUCUGUUUCUCAAGCAUAUGAUAGUAGCACGUUGUUGGGUGAUAUUCUUAAACAAACAACACGUAAGAGCGAAAUCGUUGAGGCUGAUGAGAGAGCUGAUAUGUUGCGGAAGAGUCUGAUAGGCAGGAGAUACGUCAUUGUAUUAGAUGAUAUUUGGGAUGUCAAGGCAUGGGAAGAUUUGGUUUUAUGUUUCCCUAUGGGUGAAAAUGGAAGUAGGGUAAUGGUAACCACUCGAAUUGAAGAAGUGGCUAAGCAUCUUCAGCACCACAGUGAUCCUUAUCCUCUUAGAUUUCUAACACAGACCGAGAGUUGGAAAUUAUUGCAGAAAAAGGUAUUUCGAGGAGAGAGUUGUCCACCGAGUCUGCUGCCAGCAGCGCUACAGGUUGCCAAACAUUGUAAGGGAUUGCCUCUUGUCAUUGUCCUAGUUGCUGGCCGGAUUAUUGGGGAAAAGCAAUGGGACUCGUCUAGCUUGUGGCUGGAGGUUGCAAGUGACCUAAGUUCUUAUGUUUUAGGAGAGCAGAGCUUGAAGGUGAUACAGUCAAGUUAUGACCAUUUAGAAGAUCACUUAAAGACUUGCCUUCUUUACAUGGCAUUGUUUCCGGAAGACCAUGAGAUUCUAGUGUCGGAUUUGUUGAAGUUGUGGAUGGCUGAAGAGUUUGUACUGAAUGUUGACACAGAGAAUAUGGAGGAAGCAUCCAGAAUUUGCUUGAAUGAUCUGCUUAACAGAAGCCUAGUUAUGGUCUCUAAGAGGAGAGCUAAUGGUGACACAAAAUACUGCAUACUUCAUGAUGUUGUGCGUGAGUUUUGCUUGGUAAAACUUACAGCAGUGAAUUUUAUGCAACUGACUGUGCCAUAUAAUCAAUAUCAACAUUUAUGUUCUACGGAAUCACGGUUAUGCAUUUAUAUUCAUGAUGAUCUUGUUAAACAGUUAGAUCAUUCUGAAUAUCAAUUGGAUAAGAUUCCAAUGCUCGAGUCGUAUGAAACAGAGUGUUUUGGUGAAUGUCCUAUGUCAUCUUUGGAGUUCAUUGCUCAUCCAAAAUUCAACACAUGGAACAUAACAAAUCCUUUACCUUUACUUGUAAAACUAAGACUUGUUCGGGUGUUGCAUUUUCCGCAUGCAAAGCUUCCAAGUUCUUGGCCUAGUGCAGUACAAUCUCUAACUCACUUGAGGUACCUUGAGAUUUAUGUCCGAGAAUUUGAUUUCAAGUGGAUAUCUCACCUGCUUGAUCUUCAAACUCUAGUUGUUCAUUCAUCUAAUUCUCUAAGGACCUCGCUUGCAGCAAUGUGGAAAAUGACGAAGCUAAGGCAUGUAGAUAUAUACAAUUUGUCCUUGGUAUGGGACGACAAUGAUGUGGUAAGUUUUGAAGAAUCUUCUACAACUAUGCUAGAGAACUUGAAGACAUUCCGCGCUCAUGGUAUACGCGUGGAUGAUAGGACCCCAAGGUUUUGGUGGAGGUUUCCAAAUAUUGAAGAACUCAGCUGCCUCCGUGUUGAAGAUUUACCUAGUUGUCCUUUGUUCCCCUCAGUGGAAGUUCAUACUGGGAUUCAAUCUGUUAAUCUGGUGAUAAGCUAUAAAGGAUUCUGGGAUUCAGUUGGUUGGGAGAGCUACUUUGUCUUCCCUUCAAAUCUUAGGCAUUUGCUCAUUGGCGGCUGUUUCUUAACAGAAGAAAUGGUUUUAAAUAUUGCGAGAUUGAAGAAGCUUGAGAGUCUCACAAUAGAGGGGGGAUUUCCUUGGGGGAAAAUAGAGUACCAUUGCUGGGAUGUCACAAAUGUGGAGUUCCCUACACUCAAAUACUUGGCAUUACACUUUGUGAGGAUGGAAGAAUGGAAAGCUUCAGAGGAAUCUUUUCCUGUGCUUGAGAAGUUAAUUAUAAGAGAAUGUCACUACUUUAAGGAGAUCCCUACUAGCUUUGCGGAUAUUCCAUCACUGACACUUAUUGAACUGUUUGAGUGCACUGAUUCACUUGUGGUUUCAGCUGUGAACAUAAAAAAUGAAAUAGAAGAAAACACGGGAUGUGAUAGUCUCCGGGUAAGACAGUUGUAUGGAGAUGGGGCUUUGAAUAAAAAGAAAAGAAAGGAUUUAGGAGUUUCCCGAUUGAACUUCAUAUAGUGAAAACGGAUUAUUUUAUGGAAAAAAUAUCUAAUUUCAUAAAUAUUGUUGAAUUUUUAUUGUAUAAAUUGAUAAUUUAACCACAUUUUUAUGCUA